AUGCGAAAACUGAUUGGAGACCUAGAUGGCGCUGAUUUGGGUGUCUUGAUUGCCUACUUUGUGAUCGUAUUUGCUGUUGGCAUUUGGGCAAGUCCAUCUUAUCACAUGCUAACUUCCUCAUUACUAAAGUCUUCAUGUAGGAACAGAGGCAGUGUUGGCGGCUACUUUCUGGCUGGUCGAUCCAUGCACUGGAUCCCCGUUGGUGCAUCCCUGUUCGCCAGUAACAUCGGUUCUGGUCACUUUAUCGGUCUGGCCGGUUCUGGAGCCUCGUCUGGCAUUGCGAUCGCAGCCGUAUUUAUCCUUGCACUGCUGGGAUGGCUCUUCCUGCCAGUGUACAUUGUCUCAGGUAUUGUGACGAUGCCGGAGUACCUUCGAAAGCGUCUUGGCGGUCAGCGUAUUCGAGUUUACUUGGCUGUAAUUGCCCUCCUUCUUUACGUAUUUUCAAAAAUCUCAGCCGAUCUCUAUGCUGGUGGUAUAUUCAUUCAACUUUCGAUGAAGAUCUCUAUGUAUCCUGCGGUGAUAAUGCUCCUUAUUAUGUCAGCUCUGUUUACAAUCAUGGGUGGACUUACUGCAGUCAUUUGGACCGAUUUCGCCCAAACGAUUAUAAUGAUAGGUGGUGCACUGUAUCUUAUGAUACGAAGUUUACAAGUAACUGGUGGUUUUGACAGUAUGGUGGCAGAAUACCUCAACGCAAUCCCCAAUACAACCCGCGCUUACCAGAGUACACCAUUUACGGCAACUGCCCCAUUAAAUAUCCUCAACUUUCAACCCGAUCUGUAUGGCACCCCGGAGGAAAGAGAGGCAAUCCUUGACCUGGCUACCCCUGAGGACCGGAAGCUGGGUAUCUACGCCGAAUGCAGCAUCCCACCGACUGAUACGAUGAACUUCUUUAAGUCACUUGAUAACACUUAUCUGCCUUGGGUGGGUGUCGUUUUUGGAUUGAGCGUGAACGCCACAUGGUACUGGUGCACGGAUCAGGUGAUUGUCCAGCGAACACUAGCAGCAAAGAAUCUAGUGAAUGCCAAAGCUGGAAUCAUUCUUGCAUGUUUCUGCAAAAUGCUGCCGUUAUGGCUCAUGAUAGUGCCCGGAAUGGCGGCUCGUAUUCUCUUUACAGAUACCGUUACCUGCGGCUCGGCUGAGCUGUGCAAAAAAAUCUGUGGAAAAGCGGUUGGAUGCUCUGAUAUCGCCUAUCCCUCACUCGUCCUUAAUAUUCUGCCCUCGGGAGCACGCGGCCUUAUGAUAGCCGUGAUGAUGGCCUCGCUCGUCUCAAGUCUGACCAGCAUCUUCAACUCAUCCUCAACAAUCUUCACUGUAGACAUCUGGAAGCUGAUCCGUCCAAACUGCAGAGAUGCUGAAUUAAUGAUUGUCGGCAGGGUAUGCGUAAUUGUUCUGGUAGGAGUCAGCAUCGCUUGGAUUCCAAUUGUCCAGUUGAGUGACGAGCUGUUUAAUUACAUUCAGUCGGUUACUGCUUACCUCGCGCCGCCCAUCUGCGCCGUCUACGUCCUGGCAGUAUUUUGGAAGAGAACCAAUGAAAUCGGUUGCUUUGUGUCCCUGAUCGCAGGCCUCGCAAUCGGGAUCAUACGGUUUGGAUGGGAACUAGGAUACCCGAAAACACCCUGCGGCCAGAUCUCGACGAAACCUCCCCACGACCUUAUCCAAAUGCAUUUUCUGCAUUUCUCCAUUCUCCUCUUUGCAAUCUCCUCCCUCAUCAUUGUCUCCGUGUCCUUGAUUACUCCGCCGCUCCCUGAACAAUACGUGAGAAGACUCGUAUUCGCUGAGAGACAUCGGAAAUUUGACCAACUUCUUGAUGGCCCCAAGUUGACCAUCGUCUCUGAUGAAGACAAGGAGGCAUACGAUUCGAAGCUUGAGCAAAAUAGGCCAGUGAUUCCUUGGUGGAAGAAGGCUCUCCGUUGGAUAUGUGGUACUGAGGACAUGCAAGACGCUAAUGAACCAGUCUACACCAAGCAGGAGGCUGCAGCCCUCACAGAAUUAACGCGGAAACAAUUGAGCAUUCAGGAGGCGCCCCUACAGGCCUUUGUUGUUAAUUCCGGAAUGGCUUUUGUACUGGGCCUAACCGUCUUUAUUUGGGGCUUUCUGUCAUAA